GCCGUCCUGCCCUGCCUCUGCCCGGCCCUGCCAUGCUGGCCGCAGAAUGGCCCCUGUGGAGCAGGACGCGCUGGCCGUGCGGGAGCAGCUCUUCCACGAGAGGGUCCGCGAGUGCAUCAUCUGUGCCCUGCUCUUUGCCAGCCUCUACAUCCUCUGCCACUUCGUCAUAACCCACUUUAAGAAGCACACGGAUUUCACAGCAGUUCACGAUGACGAGGACGCCGCUGUCAACAGGAUUGCCUUGGGGCUCUGUACCUUCACCCUGGCUGUGGCACUGGGUGCUGUCCUGCUCCUGCCCUUCUCCAUCAUCAGCAACGAGGUGCUGCUCUCCUUCCCCCAGAAUUACUACAUCCAGUGGCUGAACGGCUCCCUCAUCCAUGGCCUCUGGAAUUUGGUUUUCCUCUUCUCCAACAUGUCCCUGGUCUUCCUCAUGCCCUUUGCCUACUUCUUCACCGAGUCAGAGGGGUUUGCAGGGUCCAAGAAGGGCAUCAUGGCCAGGGUGUACGAGACCUCGGUGGUGCUGCUGCUGCUGACCCUGCUGGUGCUGGGCAUGGUCUGGGUGGCAUCUGCCAUCGUGGGCAACGACGCUGCCAGUCGCCAGUCACUCUACGAUCUCUGGGAAUAUUACCUGCCCUACCUCUACUCCUGCAUCUCGCUUUUCGGUGUCCUGCUGCUGCUGUUGUGCACCCCCUUUGGCCUCUCCACCAUGUUCACCGUCACUGGGAAGCUGCUGGUGAAACCCCGGCUCCUGGAGGACCUGGAUGAGCAGCUGAGCUGCACGAGGUUUGAGGAAGCCGCUGUGUCCCACAGGAUCCGCUCUGCAGGCAAAGCUUCCUGCUGGCUGAAUCUGGACAUGGAGAUGCUGCGGGAGCAAUUCUUCGCCAUCCGGAGCAAGAGGAGGAAGUUGGAGCUGCGGCACCGAGCAUCGCCCUGGCAGAGGAACCUGGGCUACCCCCUGGCCAUGCUGGGCCUGCUGGCACUCACAGGCAUCUCUGUGCUCAUUGUCUGCUUCCACGUCCUGGAGCUGCUGCUGGACGAUGCUGCCAUGCCAAGGGGCAUCCAGGAUGCGUCCCUGGGCCAGGUUUCCUUCUCCAUCUUUGGUUCCUUUGGAGCUGCGCUGCAGGUCGUGCUCAUUUUCUACCUAAUGCUCUCCUCUGUCGUGGGCUUCUACAGCUCCCCCCUGUUCACUCGGCUGCUGCCAGAGAGGCAGGGCACCCCCCUCACCAAGAUCAUUGGGAACUGUGUCUCCUUGCUGGUGCUCAGCUCAGCCCUGCCUGUCUUCUCCAGGACACUGGGCAUCACCCGUUUUGACCUCCUGGGGGAUUUUGGCCGCUUCAACUGGUUGGGGAACUUCUACAUCGUCUUCCUGUACAACAUGGGCUUUGCUGGGCUCACCACGCUGUGCCUGGUCAAAAGGGUCUCCUGGGCAGUGCAGGCCGAGCUCAUCCGUGCCUUUGGUCUGCACAAGCUGCCGCUGCCCGUGACGCGCUGCAGGACCCGCAGCAAGCCCUGCUAGGGCUGGGGGACAGCGGGGCACAGGGACGUGUCCCCCUCCUCUCUCCUCACUGUGGUGGCCACCAGGGUGGCUGCCAGCCCCAGAGCUGGCCCUGACAGCGCCUGGAGCCUCAGGGACAUCGGAGCCCCUCAGGGAAAGCUGAGACACCUUUAGGGUCGCGCCCCCCCUGCUCUGUCUCAGCUCUUGUGCUGCUGAGCCUUGGCCUUGAGCCACGUCCCCAAGGGGUGUGGGGUCCCCCCCCCGAGG